UAAAAACAUGUAAUCAUCAACCACGAGCAAAUGUUGUGCGUCAUUUCCACAAAUUAUGUAUUUUCUAACUGCAAUCAGUGAUAUAUCAAUACGUAUCAAUAUUUUUGAGUGAAUAAAAAUUUUGGUAAACUAUAAUUUGAGGUUAUAUUGUUACGAAAUUACACAAUAUUGCAAUUAAUUAAAUAAUACGGCAAAAUGUCUGAAGACGAAGUGGAAAGCUUUGAAGUUACUGAUUAUGAUUUGGAUAAUGAAUUUAACUUUGCUUGUCCCCGACGCAAACUGUCGAAGAAACAACAAAUGCUAGGAAUAUGGGCAGAUGAUAGUGAUGAGGAUGAAUUAUCUACCAGACCAUCUUUUAAGACUUUUAACAAGGGUCCUAAGAAUUAUACAGCUCCAGUUAAUUUCGUCGCUGGUGGUAUCCAACAAGCAGGACAACCAAAAGAGAAGGAAGCUAAAGAUGAUGAAGAAGAUGAAGAAGAGACGCAGGAUUCUCAAACAAAGCACAGUAGCUCGAGUUCAGAAGAUGAGAGGUCAAAUAAUUCAAAAUCACGUCCAUCCUUCUCUUUGAAUUUGGACAGCGACAUCGCAGGUCUACGUAAAAAGCGCCAUCAAGUGAAUCCCUUAUUGUUGAAAAGUGGAAUGGGUAGUUGGGAAGUGCACACAAAGGGCAUUGGUGCUAAAUUAUUGCUACAGAUGGGAUUUGAACCUGGUAAGGGCUUAGGUAAACAAUUACAAGGAAUAAGCGCACCAGUAGAAGCACAUCUCAGAAAAGGAAGAGGUGCAAUAGGUGCAUAUGGUCCAGAAAAAACACCAAAGAUUCCUGAGAAAAAAAAAGAUGAUGAUGGAGAGGAAACAAAAGAAUCCAAAUCUAAAGUAUCUCAAUGGCGAAAGGGUGAUAGCAAUAAGAAAAAAGUCAGAUAUUGUUAUAGAAGUGUAAAUCAAGUUUUGGAAGAUGGGAAACUGAAACCUAAUAAGAAACUUCCAGUGUCAAGCGAUAUGAGUAGAGUUAAAGUUAUCGAUAUGACAGGACCAGAACAAAGAAUUCUUAGUGGAUAUCAUGCAAUAGCUGGUGGUCAGCAGUGUCCUGAUGAGACUGUAAUUACGUCUGAUAAGAAAUCUAAAGUGAACUUUGCCCUGCCUGAACUGCAGCAUAAUUUAAAUUUACUUGUAGAUAUGUGCGAGCAAGAUAUUGUUCAAAAUGAUCGACGAAUGAGACAUUUAAAUGAUAGAGUAAUUGCUUUAGACGCAGAAAAAAAGAAUUUAUCCAAAAUCGUGGAGCAACAUGGUCAACUUAUUGAUACUUUGGAUAACGUGCUUAUAAUUAUAGAUAAGUUAAUGAAUGAAACGAACGAAUUGUCGUUGCAAGAAAUUGCAGAGGCUUUCAAAAAUUUACAAAACAAUUAUUAUGAAGAAUACAAAAUGUACGAACUUGGUGAAUUAGCUAGCAGUUUUGUGGCACCGAAAAUAAAGGAUUGUUUGCUCAAUUGGAAUCCAUCAAUGCAACCAAAACAACCAAUUAAAUUAUUUGAACAGUGGAAGGAUAUCUUGGAGAAUGGAACUAGUACAACAUUGCUUAAGAUAUAUGUAUAAUAAUUUAAAGUAAAUCAAAAAAAGGAUGUAAGAAAAUAUUCACAUUUUAUUAUGAUACACAUCUGUAAAAAUCUAUAACAGUGGACAUGUAGACAGCCUGAGCCUUUAAUUGAAUUAAUAGAAUACUGGAUGCCAUUAUUACCCAAUUGGAUUUUAGAAAAUAUAUUAGAUUUACUAGUAUUACCAAAAUUAACACUAGAAGUUGAAGAAUGGAAUCCUCUUACUGAUACUGUACCUAUUCAUACAUGGAUUCAUCCUUGGUUGCCAUUAUUACGAAAUCGUUUAGAUACUUUGAUUUAUCCAAUAAUACGUAGAAAACUCGGAUCUGCAUUAGGAGGUUGGCAUCCAUCAGAUAGAGCCGCUAGAUUAAUGUUGCAACCAUGGACAGAAGUGUUUGCUAAAGGAGACAUGGAAGCAUUUUUAGUCAAAAACAUUAUUCCAAAAUUGCAAAUAGCCUUAUCCGAGUUUGUUAUAAAUCCACAUCAACAGCACUUAGAUCAAUGGAAUUGGGUGUAUGAAUGGAGGGAAUUAAUCCCUGUUCAUAUCAUGGCAGGAUUGCUUGAUAAAUUCUUUUUCCCAAAAUGGCUACAAGUUUUAGCACUUUGGCUCAAUCAUUCGCCUAAUUAUGAUCAAGUAACAAUUUGAUACAUGAGUUGGAAAGGGAUGUUAAAUGACAAGUUACUAGCGGAACCAGUAAUAAAAGAGCAUUUUAAGAAGGCAUUGGACAUGAUGAAUAGGGCUGUCAGUGGGCCACAAACGCAUCAACCUGGUGCAAUGGAACAAGUUUCAUAUUUAACAAGCUUAGAGAGAACUCAGCCGACAAUAUCGCAGGUGGCACCGAUUGCACAGCCGAGAAUGGAGAGACUCGCAGAGGCAGUACGAACAGCUUCACAAAUACUGCAAGGUUUCAAAGAUUUCGUACAAAAGAAGUGUGAAGAAAGAGGUAUAUUAUUUAUGCCGAUCCCGAAUAGAUAUAAGGAGGCUAAGCAAGUGUACAAAGUGGGCAAUGUUCAGGUUUACAUCAACAGCAAUGUUUUAUUUGUAUGUCACAAUGGUACAAAUUGGAUGCCAACUCAUUUGAAUGCCUUGCUGGAUAUGUCUGAACUUUAAUAAUAUAUAAUUUAAUAACAUGAUUAAUAAUGUGACAACUGUC